CACAAAAUGUUCGAAAUUAGAAAUUACAUUCAUUUGGCGUUUGCACUUUUAGUUUCUGUGAAUCGUUUGUGGCGACCGACCGAAUAGCCGAACAGGGCUCCUAAUCCGCACAAAAACAAAAACGCCGUGAUUACAAUGGCUGCUCCGCUGCUGUGGCAGAACUUCAAGGUGUUCCUCACCAGGUAUCCGAUAGCGCGUGGCAUGAUAUCGUACAGCCUGAUUUGGCCCUCGGGCAGCCUCAUCCAGCAGACAUUCGAGGGCAAGAGGUGGGGCAACUAUGACUGGUGGCGCGUGAUGCGAUUCAGCAUGUACGGCGGCCUCUUCGUGGCACCCACUCUUUAUGGAUGGGUUAAGGUGUCUAGCGCCAUGUGGCCGCAGACCUCACUGCGAACGGGUAUAAUUAAAGCGGCGGUGGAGUCCAUAUCGUACACACCCGGUGCCAUGACCUGCUUCUACUUCAUCAUGAGUCUGCUUGAGUCCAAGACGGUCGAGGAGGCUGUGACCGAGGUUGGGAAGAAGUUUCUGCCCACCUACAAAGUGGCUCUGUCUGUGUGGCCCCUGGUGGCGACCAUUAAUUUUAGCCUUAUACCAGAGCGCAACCGAGUGCCGUUCAUUAGUGCCUGCAGCCUGUGCUGGACGUGCUUUCUUGCUUAUAUGAAGCAUUUGGAGCACCACGAGGUGGAUGUAGCCAUUUAA